AUGACGACUACACCAGCAAUGUCCAAUUCUAACUACUUAAUCACUGAUCCCAAAAGGAAGAAAGAACAAUUUGAUAUCGAAAGCACAGUAAAACGAUUCAAACAUUUACUAUCAUUAAGUGGACUAUUCAAACAUUUCAUUGAAAAUAAAGCUCAAAAAGAUGAGAAGUUCGCCAAAGUUUUGACCAUCUUGAAUAACGAUGAUGAUUCUAAGAAGAAAAAUUCACAAAAGAAAAGAAGGAAGACUGAAAGAGAAGAAGAUGCUGAAUUACUGAAAGAGGAAGAAAUUGAAACCACUGAAGAUACUAACGAUGAAGUCGGAUUCCAAUUUAGAGAAUCUCCCACUUAUAUCCAUGGUGAGUUGAGACCUUAUCAAAUUCAAGGUUUGAAUUGGUUAGUGUCAUUACAUACCAAUGGGAUCGCAGGUAUCUUAGCUGAUGAAAUGGGGUUGGGGAAAACUUUACAAACAAUUGCAUUCUUGGGUUAUUUAAGAUAUAUGGAAAAUAUUAAUGGUCCAUUCUUGGUUAUUGCUCCAAAGUCAACUCUAAAUAAUUGGCUUAGAGAAAUCAAUAAAUGGACUCCUGAUGUGAAGGCAUUUGUCUUACAAGGUGAUAAACAAGAAAGAGCUGAUAUCAUAAAGGAUAAGUUAUUAACAUGUGAUUUUGAUAUCGUGGUGGCAUCAUAUGAAAUUACCAUUAGAGAAAAAGCAGCUCUUAAAAAGAUGAAUUGGCAAUAUAUUGUCAUUGAUGAAGCUCAUAGAAUUAAAAAUGAAGAAUCAUUAUUAUCUCAAGUGUUAAGAGAGUUUACAUCUCGUAAUAGAUUGUUAAUUACAGGGACUCCAUUACAAAAUAAUUUACAUGAAUUAUGGGCACUAUUGAAUUUCUUACUACCGGAUAUCUUUUCAGAUUCACAAGAUUUUGAUGAUUGGUUCUCAUCAGAGACUUCAGAGGAAGAUCAAGAUAAAGUCGUUAAACAAUUACAUACAGUCCUACAACCAUUCUUACUGCGUAGAAUCAAAAGUGAUGUAGAAACUUCAUUGUUACCAAAGAAGGAAUUAAAUUUGUACGUAGGAAUGUCCUCCAUGCAAAAGAAAUGGUAUAAACAAAUUUUAGAAAAAGAUUUGGAUGCAGUUAAUGGGUCCAAUCCUAAUAAAGAAUCCAAGACAAGGUUAUUAAAUAUUGUAAUGCAAUUAAGAAAAUGUUGUAAUCAUCCGUACCUUUUCGAUGGUGCUGAACCAGGUCCACCUUAUACUACUGAUGAACAUUUGGUAUAUAACUCUGCAAAAUUGAAAGUCCUUGAUAAAUUAUUGAAAAAAAUGAAAGAGGAGGGAUCGAGAGUUUUAAUCUUCAGUCAAAUGUCAAGAGUAUUAGAUAUAUUAGAAGAUUAUUGUUUCUUCAGAGGUUAUAAAUAUUGUAGAAUUGAUGGGUCCACAGACCAUGAAGAUAGAAUCAAAUCCAUUGAUGAUUAUAAUUCUCCAGAUUCUGAUAAAUUCAUUUUCUUAUUAACCACUCGUGCUGGUGGUUUAGGUAUUAACUUAACUAGUGCAGAUGUCGUCGUCUUAUAUGAUUCUGAUUGGAAUCCACAAGCUGAUUUACAAGCCAUGGAUAGAGCUCAUAGAAUUGGUCAAAAGAAGCAAGUGAAAGUAUUCAGAUUUGUUACGAAUAAUUCAGUUGAGGAAAAAAUCUUGGAAAGAGCAACACAAAAAUUAAGACUGGAUCAAUUAGUCAUUCAACAAAAGAAAACUCUGAAAAAGGAAAACAGAAAAGAGGCAAAGGAUGCUUUAUUAUCAAUGAUUCAACAUGGUGCUGCUGAUAUUUUCAUGAGUGCUUCUACAGCUUCUUCAUCUCCAACCCCUUCAGCCACUACAAGCCAAUCUGAGCCUGAUGCAGUAGAGGAUGUUGAUUUACAGAGUAUCUUAACCAUGUCAGAAGAUAAAACGAAAUCCUUGAAUGCUAAAUAUGAGACUUUAGGUUUAGAUGAUUUACAAAAAUUCAACCAGGAAUCAGCAUAUGAGUGGGAUGGACAAAAUUUUAAGAAACAAACACAAAAAGGUAUUAUUGACCCAACAUGGAUACAACCGACAAAACGUGAACGUAAGGAAAAUUAUUCCAUUGAUAAUUAUUAUAGAGAUGUAUUAACUACGAAAAAGGCUGUUACUCCAUUACAACCAAGGAUGCCUAAACCUAAAGUAUUUUACAGUCAUCAGUUACAUUCACCAUUACUAAAUGAAUUAUAUGAAAAAGAUCGUAUGUGGAUUGCAAAAAAGACAAAAUAUGUUCCAACAUUAGAUGAUGUUAAAGUGACAUAUGGAGAAGAUUUAACCAAUGCCGAAAUGAAGGAUAAAUUGAAGUUAUUGAAGGAAUCUAUUGAUAAAGCACAACCUUUGACAGAGGAAGAAGAAAAAUCUAAGCAAGAAUUAGAAGCAAAGGGGUUUUCAAACUGGAAUAAAACAGAGUUUAGAAAAUUCAUAACGUUAUCUGGUAAAUAUGGUAGGAAUUCCAUUCAAGCCAUUGCUACCGAGCUAGCCCAAACCAAAAGUGUUCAAGAUGUUCGUGAUUAUGCGAAAGCGUUUUGGGCUAAUUUGGAUUCUAUCGAGGAUUCUGAUAAAUAUGUUAAAUUGAUUGAAGCUGAUGAAGAGAAGUUGAAGAAAUUAAAGUUACAACAAGAAGCUUUACGUCUUAAGGUAUCCAAAUAUAAGAAUCCAUUAUUUGAAUUAACAUUAAAGCAUCCACCUUCGAAUAGUAACAAGAGAACGUUUUCUGAAGAGGAGGAUAGAUUUUUAUUAAUUACACUUUCAAAAUAUGAUUUAGGUCGUGACGAUCUUUAUGAUAUGAUUCGUGAUGAGAUCAGAGACUCACCCUUUUUUGAACUAGAUUUCUUUUUCCAAAGUAGAACUCCGUUAGAACUUGCUAGACGAGCAUUUACUCUGUUGCAAUGUAUCGAAAAGGAGAGUCAAUCGGGUAUUGUUGGUCCAGAAUUCAAUGAGAAGAAACCAAAGGCAGUUAAAGGGGAAAAGAGAGGCCCUUCCAAUGAUAAUAAGGAUAGGAAACCGGCGAUUAAGAAGAUUAAAUUAACGAUGAAUCAAAAGAUAUCUAACGAAGGAAAGAAGGACAUAGCUAUAUCUGAAGAGAAGGAAACAACAACAGCAGCAGAGGAUAAACAAGAAAUAAUGGAAGAUAAACAGGAAGUAACGGAAGAAAAUCAAGAAGCACAUCGAACUGUUGGAGAAACUAACGAGGAAUCUCACAAAGAAUCUCAAAAUGAGGUUGAUACCGACACCAAGGAGGAGCACAUAGAGCCCAAGGAGGAGCACACAGAGCCCAAGGAGGAAUCUACCAACGACAGUAAAAGUAGUGCACAAGGGGUAACGGAAGGAAAGGUAGCCCCUCCAGUUGUCCUUGAGCCAUGA